AUCUCUAACCUUUACAAAUUAUAUGUCUAAUCACAUUUUCUGCCACUAAACUUUGGAGUUGUGCGAAAAUUUUAAGAGUAACAGAAUGUCUAAUACUUCUUAUCCACAAACAGAAAUGGAUGAUAAUCUAUGUACAGAACCGGAACUUGCUACUUGUGAUCACAGAAAUUUAGAUUACAUAAAUCACUGGGUCAGCCAAACAAUUGAAAACGAAGUAAAUCGAGGCGUGAAACUUAGAGAAGAAAAAUCAAGAGUCUUUCCACCAGCGCAACAUGAAUGCAUUAGCAACCUUAAGUUUAUCAAAAUACCAACAUGCCCUAAAAACAAUAGGUAUAACAGAAAAUAUUCAUCAAGACAUUAUACUGACAUCAGAAGGAGCCCCUGCAGUUCACGAUUUAAUUCCGCUUACAUAUCAAAUUUGCCGCCACAAACAUGUUUGCCUCAAACAUGUUAUUCAAAGGCAAAUUUUGUCAAACUAAGAACGAGGACACAAAGAUGCCCUAUGAGGAUAGCGGAGUUAGCUGUUCCCACGAAGCGACAAUGCAUUGACACCUGGAGGAAUAAAUGUGAUGUGUUACCUGAAUUUAUGGUGGAAAGACUUAGGCGACAAGUUAUGGACGAAAAACCGGUGGUUGAAAUUUCAGAUGCAAUAACUUGCUUCAAACGUCGAAAAUCUUCAUUUAACAGAUCUGAAUUAAGAACGUGUACCUAUGAAACAAUGAAUGUUGCUAACGCAGAUUUUCAAAAUUAUAGUAUUGCGUUUGGUCAAAAAAUUGCACGAAAACUCAACAAUCCCUUAAAUAUAACAUUAAAUCCUCGAUUGGAGAAAAUUUCAAACAUUGUCUCAAGUGACAUAUCUAGACUAACAAAACAUCGAAAGAAAAGCAAUAUAAAUAAUUCCAAGAACAAAAAAAUUCAAUUUGAAAUGUCGAAAAAGAUUGCAGCUUGGAUAGCUAAUAUAAUCGAAGAAUCUUCUUACAAGCUUCUAGAAGAAGAUUUAAAAGAAUUAGAGGAGGAAGAAGGUCCAGUUUUGGAUUUCAUUGACAUUUUGAUAGACAAUGUUGUGAACAUUUGCGAACCAAAUUUACCGGAGAACAUACAAAAUGAACUAGAUAUAAAUUUAACAUCGCCAGUUUUAUUUAAAGACUUAAAUUUAUCAGGAUCACAAUUAAUGUAUCAUAUGGAGGAAUCCGAGAAAAUUAACAACAAUGACGGUACGCUACAGGAUAUAUCUGACAAAAUACAAGACAGCUACAACGGAUCGUUGGAUAAUAAUAACAUUAAAGAGGAUAUAGAAAUAGACACUAUUGAAGAGUACAUGUUUAAAGAAUUAGAAAAAAUAAUUGACAGUAUUACAAUAAUUGAAGAGCCAAAAAAUCAAAACAUGAUAGUCGAAACAGAACACGAUUUAGGUGAGAAAAAUAUCUCACAACAAUCUAUUGAACAAACAAACCAAUUGAUUGAUCAUAAAGAUUCUGCGGAUGAAAAUGACGAAUAUAGCGAUGUUCCUGAAGAUAUUAUGGAGAAUAUAGAUGCGGAAUAUAAUUUUCAUCAAAGUCAAGAAAAUAGUAACGUGAGUGACCUAUUUCCGAUACAUUCUGAAGAGUCACAUGAUGAAAAUAAUAGAAAAGUUAACUUUAUACAAAUUACUAAUAAGGUGACUGAAGUUCCGGCACAUACACAUGAUUAUCGGAAAAUAAAAAGUGACAAAGAGCAAAUACGGAAACCACCUAUUCAUUUUGCACCACCGAACGAAAAUUUAUUAAGCAAGUAUCUUAAUAACAGAAACUGUGUAAUUUAUGUUUUAUAUUUAGGUGAUGCUGACGAACUAUGGCCAGCAGAUAUUACUACGCCGACAUUGAAGGCUAGUGCAAGUGUAAGUAAAUCUAUAACAUCACUGGGAAAAAUAAUAGAAAACGAUGAACGACUACUAUCGCAAGAUGAUACCGCUAAACAGAUUGCGAAUGGAUUACAAGAAACACUAAAAAUUGAACAUAUAGAACAAAGGACUGAAAGUAUAAUGAACAAAGAAAUUAGCCUUGAAGAAAAUAAUUUACAAUAUAUAGAAAAUAAUAACAAUAAGGAAAUUCUGAAAAGAGACUCUAAAACAAAUAAAACUAAUAAUCUUGAAUACAGUACAUCCGAUGCUACUACUGAUACAAUUAUCGAUGUAACAAACACUUACAAGAAAGAAAUGGGGUUGAAGUCAACACCAAUAAACGAAUCUUUUCGUAAAGAAACGACAUUAGAUAAUCCUUUAGAUAAACGUGUUGAUAAUUUAAAUAAAGACAGAGACACAAAUAGUACAGAUAAUGUAAUUUUUAAUACUCAAAACAUACCAAAUAAAAUACUCGAAGCGAAAUUUGAAUACAGAGUCAAUCUUAACACGGCACCAUCUUGGGUGAGAAAAGAACAGGGAAAAGGUGAACCAGGCGAAGACUCCUUUUAUCGUCAGUCCAGAGCAAAACUCGAAAUUAAGGAAAGCGUUAUAAGAAAAUGGAACAAAGAUUUGAGAGACAUCAAUGCCAAUCUCGAUUUAUGGAAUGUUUGGGUAGAGAAGGCGUGCAAAAAUAUAAUAGACUUAAAAAAGAAAAAAGAAACAAAUAUAUAUUCUUCAAAUACUAUAAAAAGAACGACAAGAGAUUGGCUUAAGUUAAAAAAAUCUAUGGAUACAGAUAUAAUUUUGUGGACGAAAUUAAAUCAACAAGCUCAAAGAAGACUUAAAACUUAUAAAACUAUUUAUAAUAAAAACAGAACAAAGAUUGGGUCAGCAAAAUACAAUAUACUGAAAUGUAGUUGCAUGAAACAAAAACUAUGAUCAAAUAUUAGAAUAAAAUUAGAAAUAGCUAAAACAAUAUGCAAUAGAUACACG